CACUUGUCGUGGAAACACCUUUGAAGAUUGUACUUUUGCUCUGUACGCGCGUAUGCUAUAUAUCAAAACAGUGAAAAUCGAGCCAGAGAUUAGAUCUGCCGAAUCUGCUACAGAAAAAUUCACUCACAUUCACUCGCUUUCUUGUAAAUCCGUCAAAGCUUUCGAAUCCCUCUGCCCGAUCGACAGUAAUUAGGUUCACGGUUCGCGUGCGAAAAUAAAUCAGAUUUUUUCGAUCUUUUGAACGUUGCAGCAGGAAAAAGUGAAACUAUAUCUUGUGCUUUGAUGGAUGUUUUGAUCAGUGCGAGUUGGAAACUGUUGCUGUACCUACUGGUGCAAGUGGAGUUGAUAUAUUGAAGCCGAUUUUGAAGGCGUUCGCAGAGAGAUUGUUUUGACAUGUGCAAGUGUAUGCAGAGAGAUUGAAACGGUGGCCAACCCGAUCCCGCAACGUUGAACAGCACUGUUUUCGGAGAGCUAGGUCCUUCAAGUGGAAUAAUACUGAAAGUGGCAGUAGCUGAGUUUUCCGAAAAACAGAUCCCAUCCUGGAAUAGUAGUCAUUGCUGCGAAAGCUAAAUUGUUUUGAAAUUAAUAAGUAGACGAAAAGAAUAAUAGUGUUACGGAACGAUUAACAAGUCAAAAACGACGAAAUUGUCUUAUUUAAACAAAAAGUGUGCAACCAUUUUGCCAAGGAACAAGUGAAUGAACGUUUAUAGAAAGACCAUUUUCAAACAUUUCACUUUAAUCGACGAUAAUUCAAAUCAAUUUUUAGUUGCACCCGUGCAUGCAAGGAACUAUGUACAAUAAAGUGAACUGGAAAAAAGUAAAAAACUGAAGCACUGAACCGAUUUUGCCCCCUUCCUCCAUCCAUCCCAGACACUGACUGUUAGUCCGUCCCGCAUCCAUCCCGUGGCCUCACGUGUGCUUUUGUGGCAAAAAAGUGUAAUUGUGAAAGUACCCUAAACUAAGCCCGGUGUGGUCGUGUGCACAAGAGACUUUGACGGGUGUAGAAGCGGAAAAAAGAAAAAGUAACCAGCAGUAGAGCUAUACAUUGCAGCCGCGCUGCACUGGUGAAUGAAUCCGGCCGACGAAAAUUUGACGAAGAAAGCGGGGAAAACGGAAAAAUUGUGUUUCAAGUCGUGGCGAAUUUGAUGCAUGGAAAACGUCUAUAACAGUAUUGGGAAAUCGUUCCGUGCGGGAACGAAAUUGAAAAGUUAAUUAACUCCAAGUGAUAAUCGGCUGUGCAGAAAAUAUUUAUUUUUUCGUCGCUGUAAAUAUACGAUCGUAACAGAAGUAAAGGGUGAUAACGUUCAUAUAUAUAAAUGCAACGGAGCCUGCUGGGGAAGUAAAUACACACAUCGAAGCCAUAUUAGAUAGCCAACCUUACGAUAUAGUAAUAUAAAGCAAUCAAUUAGAGAAUAACAGAGCUGUACUACAACUGGUAAGGUGCUUGCUCAUAAAAUAAUUGCAGCCAACAUGUCUUCAGUCCCGAGUGGUGAAUCAGUACCGCUGGCCACCCUGCCAGCUGUUACGGGGAUAGCGCCGCCGGCAGCCCCAGUCGCUGCCUCGGUACCAACGAGCGUGGCAAAUAGCAACGGCAAUGUAAGAAUCGUUGAAAAGGUGGAAAUGGCCACAAUGACUGAUAUGUUUCCCAUAGAAAAAGAAGAAAGUGAAAGUGCUGCACAGAGUAGUAAAGCAACCGCGUGCGGAGAUGUGGCAGAGAGUUGCUGUGAGAUGCCGCAGCAGCUCAAGCAACCGCUAGUUGCAGUUCAGUGCAUACCAGCUGCUACUAUCACUGAGAACAGUGAAAUGGUUAUCAAAGAAACUAUCAAAGAUAUGGAAGCACUAGAACUUGACGAUGCUGCCCACGCAGAAGAACCCGACACAUUAUCACCCCUCAUGACCGACAAUUACACAUAUCUUCAGCAUCAGGAAAUGCUGAGAGAAGAAGGAGAUUCCAAUCCACAGCACCACUAUCAUCAUCAUCAUCAUCAUCAUGGCCAUGACGAGAUUCACGAUUACGAUCUCGAUGACGACGAAGAAGAAGAUGAUGAUUUGUAUAUGGAGGAAGAUGACCACAUGGUGCCGCAUCCAUUAGUUCCACCGGUCAACAUGAAACAUUCGGACACAAAAGACUCCAUAAGCUCCAUCGAUAGUGAUGUUUCCAUGUCAUAUGAUAGAAGAGAUUCAACAGAGUCACAGAACCCUCCUGAAGAUGUUGGAAUUGGUUCCUCUGACGAUACUGCUAAGGAUUCCGGCUGCGAAAUCGCGAAAAAACCGGAAGAGAGCAACCCCACCGAAGAGGAUGCCUAUGAAAUCCCGGAUGACGACAUGUGCGAAAAGAUCAUCGAACAGGUAGAGUUUUACUUCUCCAACGACAACAUUCUGAAAGACGCGUUCCUAUUGAAGCACGUGAGACGCAAUAAGGAAGGAUUUGUCAGUUUGAAGCUGGUCUCGAGCUUUAAACGCGUACGUCAGUUGACGAAAGAUUGGCGUGUUGUCGGUUACGCCAUCAAGCGUAAAAGUGUCAAAAUUGAACUGAAUGAUCUAGGAACGAAGAUCCGUCGACUGGAGUCACUGCCUAUUUAUGAUGAAACGACUCCAUCCCGGACGGUCGUUGCCACCGGGUUGCCAUACGACAAAUACACGGUCGAUAAAGUAUCCGAGCUCUUCUCCAAGUGUGGCGAAAUUUCGCUCAUUCGUGUCCUGCGUCCCGGUGGUCCCAUUCCAGCGGAUGUUCGUCAAUUUAUCAACAAACACCCAGAACUGCAACAGAACGAGUGUGCGCUAAUUGAAUUCACCGAAUCAGCAUCAGCACGUCGAGCUCAGAACAUGGAGGAGUUCAUCGUACUGGAAUUGAUUGCACCUAAAAAGAAGACUGGCAAAAAGGCCAACGUAACCAGAUUUGCGGAGAACUACAAGUACGUCGCCAGUCACGACAUUGAGCGUAGCCGUGGAGGCGAAACAUUUGAUCGGUUUAAGGUGCGACGUGGAUCUGGUUUCUACCCCAAGCCGGAAAUGCAACAUGUCUACCAGCAAAUGAUCCCACAACCACUGCCACCGCCAGAGCAGCCAACCAUGCAGCAGAUUAUGCCGCUGCAGCCUCAGCAGCAGCAGCCGCAAAUGCAACCCCAAAUGCCGCCCCAACAGCAGCAACAACAGCCAAUGUUCAUACCGCACUCGCCACAGCAGAGAAAGUACUCGUACGGAAACGAAAACUACGAUUACUUCAAUCGUCGUCCGAGUUCUUUUUCAAUGGGAAGCAGCGACGCCUCCCGCAAAUACUCCAGCUGCUCGGAUGGCUACUCUAGCUGCGGUGAAAUGUCCCGACGAGUUUCGCAGUGUUCCUCGGGAAUGGAUAAUAUGUCCCGACGAGCAUCCAACUGCUCCGAAGUGCCAUCGCGGAGAACAUCCAACUGUUCGGACUUCUGUUCGUGCUCGCGCCGAGUUUCGCAGUGCUCGGAUGUGUACCGUCGAGUCUCCCAGUGUUCUGACCAAAGUAAUCGGAAAUUCUCGGUUGGAUCCAACUUCGAGCGCAGGUUCACAAACUCACCGGACAUGGGUAUGCCGCAGCGGCGUAUAUCGAUGGAGUCAAACUACGAGAGGAAGUUCUCCGGAGGUUCGAACGUGUACGAUAGCCCGAACAUUUCUCCACGAAAGUAUUCUAACGGUUUCGAUCCACUGCGGAAAUUAUCGAGUAGUUCGGAAUAUUUCAACGGGCGGCGUAUUUCGACUGAUUCGGGCUACGAUCGACGCAUCUCAUUUGGCUCGGAGUGUUCCAACGGAGGACCACGAUCACGGUCCGGUAGUGCUGUACAGAUGCAAUGCCACCAGCAUGGCCAGGGUGAAACGGUGGUCCGCACCCCGAUUGGACCGGACGGCAGCAAGGGAUUCGGCUCGAGAACUCGACGCAUUGGUCAGAUUGUGCCGCCAGCCUAGAUGGAAUACGAUCCAGAGGGGAUCACGUGAGCAAACGUCGACGCAUCGCUUGCUGAGAGGUAUAGGUUCGUUAGGCCACAUUUUGCUUCUUAGUUAAGUACUUCGCGCUUAGUAUUUUUAUUCAAUUGCAUAUGUGUGGUACGAGUGAGCGUGUACGAGGGCGAGGGCGUAAAUUGCGUGCAAGCGAGAAUAUAAGCAGGCAAUUAUUGUGACAUACCAUUGGCGUACCUGUCUGGUGUCUAGAACGCUGCUGGGCCUGCUAGGCUGUAUCGAGACUUUCACUGUCCCAGUUUUCUCACGCUCCGGUUGCAGCGCAGUGCACUUCUCUAGAAUGCACCAGCAGUCUGCCGCUGAAGCGGAGAAGAGAUCGUGGCAGGUCGGAGAUAAUUGCGCAAAGUCAACGGCUUACCACGCCGCACCUCACUUACCAUUUUGGUAUCAAUAGCAAGCAAAUUGUGCCCGGUCAGGUCUGCAGAUGAAAACGUGUUUGCGCCAACGUUUGUGUGCGAGAGUGAGAGAGAGGUGUGGAGGUAGACAGCUUGGCGUGGCACGUGAGUGGAGUUCAUGAACACGAGAGUAACCGAGAGGAUGCAAAUAUGUAUGAGUAAGAGAGUGAUUUGAUUUGACUCGGAUAGUAGGAUCGUGCGCGCAGACUGCGAACGAUUCUUGUUUUUUUUGUGUUUUUAUUUUUGUUACUCCUUCGGCUGCCAGAAUGAUGAAUGGGCGCCGCGCGGUUACGGUGCUUCGAUCGUUGGCUUUGCGCGCCGAGUUCUGCGUACAAUCAGCAGACUCGACAUCUCGACAGGGUUGAUGAUUGAAUGGUAGGAGCGGACACUGAUACGGGUGGGGGGGGGGGGGGGUAGACUUGGAAUGUGUGAGGAACAUUCUUUUUCAAGCGAGAGUAGCCAAGGCAUAUAGGAAUGCUUCUGUAUGUGCGUGAGGAGACUGCCGAAAGAUUUCUAUUUUUAUUUAGGUUAAGAUUUUUGUUUCGUUAUUUUUUUCGCUGUUACUAUUAUCACCGACCUUGUAUCUCGUGACAUUGUUUAGUUACUUUUUUUACAUUCGUAUUUAUUCUUGGCUUUGUUCGCGCAUUACUAGUUAUUACGUAGCUCGUUAAAAGUGAAACAUGUGCAUCAAGAUAUUAGACGGUAGGGUUUAGAAUAAGGUACGGUGUCCACUGUCAGCAUCGUGUUCUGCUUUGCUGUCAGCAGAAACAGUCAUUUGUCGUACAUGUAUGCACUUGAGAUGGAUGGCGUCAUGCUGAUCGAUAGAGAAGGUAACCUUACAGAGGGGAAUCGAAAGUACGAGCGGUGAUUCGCGCAUCGGUUACUGAAAGGGUGUUUAUUUUUAUUCACCAAGCAUUUCAAUUUGACUCGCUACAAUUGAAAUCUUCGAAUGGCUUAAUGUGUGUUGAACGGCCUUGACCUGUUUUCUCACUUUGCGAAAAAGGGUCUUCCAUAAAUUAUGUCACACUCUGUGGGGAGGGAAAGUGAUGGGUGUAUAGCAAAAUAGUAUUUUGUGACAGGAGGAAUGGGUAGUAAACUAAACCUGUGACGUAACAUGUACAAACGAAUAAAAUUGUUAUGUAUUAGUAAAGGGAGAUAAAGAAUUUUGUAACAAUUUGCGAAAUUACGGAGAGAGGAGUGGUCAAAUUUGUACAAUUUUUACGUGACGUAAUAUACGAACGGCCCCAAAGUAGAAUAAUGUUCGCAUGAUAAAUAAUUGAGGAAUGAUGAUUAUGAAGUAUGUUUCACCAGAACUGAUAAAUCUCAAUGUCAGUGAGUCUAAAAUACAUGACAUUGUAAGGUGAACAUACUGUACCGUCUUCUAAUAUGCUGAACAAUCAAUUGGUUUCAUAAAUGCUGUGAGAUCGACGGCGAAGGGCCUGAUAGUGACAGCCAGCGUCCAACAAAUUGAUAUUUCAAACGUAUAGCUGUCACGACAUUAUGUGACAUUACGUAGUCUGAUUCAAUGUAGGAAAAAAUGUCACAAAAUAUUGUUUCACUUUUUUCAUGGGUGUCCAACAUGAAGUCAUAAAACGAACCAGCAAUAUUUUGUUUCGUGAUGCAACACCAAUGUUGAUAUGUUUUAGACAACUUACAGCCUAGCUAGAUGUCCUAAAUCAGUCCGCAUGACACUCAUUCUGGUGAUGGACAGCAUGCUUAUCGAUGUCGGUGUUAAAUAGGAAAAUAUUUACGGCUCUACAGUCAGAAUAAAAUUGAACAUCACGUUUUGAAACGUCCAAACGUUUCGACCAUUGUUUUCGGUCUUCAUCAGUGCAGACCGAAGACAACGGUAACCUUUUAUAUGCUUCAGUCUCUUCCAAUCUCACCCAGAGCGGAAGCAAAGAAAAAUAAUCCGUUAUAGCUAUAAAUAAACCAAGCAAACAAUUUCUCUGCUUUGUAGCUUAUCAUCUGUACAAACAGUACGGUAUCGUUCCUCCGGCUGAGUAGUGUCAUCAGAAAGCCACAGAAGAGAAAUGUGCCUCUAUACAAAAAUUACUUUUGCGACUGACUUUAAACAAACUCUAUUAGACUAAAUAUGCGCUUGAUGGAUGACAGUUCCUAAAGUAAUAACGGCGAUAAUACUCAUGGAAGUUUCUAUAUCGUGGGUGUAAUGUGGUACUGCCAAUGUUCACAGAAGUGUAACCGAGGCUGGAAGCAUCAUUGUGAAGAAUUUCAUGUAACACAAUAACGAUAACAACAACGUUUGAGCCAAGCCAAUAUUCUUCUAUAUAUGGAUGAUGAUGAAAUCAAGGUACGUCGAGUUGCACCGCGCACUAAUUUGGAGUUCCUUAAUGGAAUCCUAUCGACAGAAGGAGAAAUGAAAUCUAUUGGUUGAAGAAACUUUUUCUCAUGUAUUUCCAACAGUUCAUGUUGUGAGAAUCCAGAUGACGAAACAUAUUCCUUCUUGUCUGGCUUUGGAUACGAAUCACAUAUGUUCAAACAACGCUGAUUACAAACUCAGGUCAGAUCCCUACGUGCUCUAUUCGGAGCGAAGUUAGGUACUAAGACGGCGUUCGUUCUUUCAUAGAUUAAUAUUUAACUGCAAAAUGUUUAUAGGCGUGACUUGGACCCGAAAAGUACGGGACAUUCCAAAAAACCAAAUCAAAAAUUAUUUGAUUCAUGCUAGUUCAAAGUACAUGAAUGGAAAAUCGUUAUAUUUAUUUACGAAUACGCAGUUAAACUAUCCAAUUACGUACAACGGAAGUUAUAUUCGUUAAUCUUCUAAUGCCACCCUGCCGACCGAUGUUUGAAACAGGCUCCUAUAAAUGUUAAAAGGUUAGGUUAAUAAUAUUUCCCAUCAAAAGCUUUGCAUAGUACCGAAAACAUCGGUACUUAUAUUUAUGCAGUACCAGUAUUUCGGAACCAAGAAUGGGUCGGUAUUCCCGGGACUUUUGGUACCGGUGCUACCGGUAUCACAACCCUAAUUGCACAGCCCACUACAGAUCUUUGAAAGCGACAAAAGGAAUACCUUAAUAGUUUAAUCUAACGGACACACUUUAUCUUUUGUGCUCGAUCUCAGCUCUUUCAAAUCUUUUACCAAGAUCUGAAUAGCUAAGAUUUGAACAAUUUUUUUUCCUGAGAUCUCAUUUAAAGUGACGUUUGUUAGCUAAGACUAGGGAACUAUUUAGCUAAAAAUCGAUAACCGAAUGUCACUUUUCUGAGUUUUCACUUUCUAAAUAUGCUGACAACACGGCUAUUAGGCAAUUACCGAACUCAAUUGAGUUCUACAAGGUGGCGACACGAAUAGACGGCCGAGAAUUGUCAAACGAAGUUCAUCCGGCUCAUUUUGUGGGGUUAUGUCGGUUGGUAUGAACUCUAUUUGAGUACGCAAUCUGCAAAGAGAGACUCUCUUUGUUUAAUUUCACUCUAUCAAUAACGCUGCCACUUUCACGUUUCUUUCUUAAUAUACUAGUAACAACAAUCGUACUAGUACUAGUAGGCUAAAUACGCGAAUCCCUUUGGAUAAAAACUCGCCAUCUCUAUCUUUUUCUUAUUAUUUAUCUGUAAGCGUCAUUCCAAUCAAGUACGAGACCUGUCAAAAGCACUCAUUCCAAAGAAAAUCGCUUCGAAUCCUUCUGGAACGAGGACCAUUGACAGGUCUCGUGCUCGAUUGGAAUCACACUUACACAUAAAUGGUAAACAAACGAUAAACAUGUCGAAUCUUUAUCCAGAGGGAUUCAGCGUCGUUAUAGUAGGCAUAUACACUAGAAAUUCCUUCCAUAUUAUUUUUAAACAUCGUUACAGUAAAUUAGUUUCUCAUUCAAUUGUUACAGCCAGUGCUGUGCAGUCUUACGACGGUCUUUGAAUUGUGACGGUGAAUAUUAAGUGACCGUAUCACCACAAAAAUGACAGUUAUUUAAUUUCCAUUUUCCUCGCAUGGAGUUUCAGUUAACUAUCUCUUACAGAAGCCGUGCAAGAAAUGGGUUUAAAAUGAUAUAUUGAGUGCCAUAUAUUUUGUAUUGGUAUAGUAAUCGAAAUAUUAUCAGUGUGUUGCUUUCAGGCAGCAUGUGGUGCUUUGUUGAUUUUUUCUUCACUUUUCUGUUUCUUUCAUGCAAAGCUAUUUAUGUUAAACCGCCUGUUUUUAAUACUAGCUCAAUGUUUGUAAUAAGAUGACCAUCAUAAGCGUAUUUAUAUUUUAAAUCAAAUGAUAGUCAGUUUCCAUUCCUCUCAAUAAUGAUUCCAAUGAGUGAGAAAAUUCAGAAGAGAACCAUCUUACUGUUAUCAAUUAAUUGGAGUGAGAACCGUAACUCAAUAAGCAUCACUUACUGUUUUGACCAGGGGAGUGUCAUCCCUGUCAUCCGCGAUGGAGAUAUACAGACUUUGACAGUAGUCAACAUAUGAUGAGCCUAGCCGCUGCUAGACCCAUGUGACCGUGAUGAAGCUCAACACUGGUUACAGUGCUAUGGUAAAAUUUUAUAAUAAUUUUCCAUUGCGUGUCGAAAGAUUUUGGUUAGUAUAUUGAGACAUUCACCGAAAUGUACACGCCGCACCAACUGCUUACUAAAGGCCGCUCUAAGGUUGCAGCAAGUUUUUGAUGUAACUAGUACUUGUAUCUGUUAUUUGCGGUAGUAAUAAGCCUUCCAUUUUGGUUCAAACGCAAGGACAACUUUUAAAACAGAAUUUGAUUGAUAAGUAUAGCUCAUUAGACCAAGUUUAUCAAUUAUGUAAUCUACUACUACUGGAACUGAUAUUUUUCACAUAAACUCUAACAAUUCUAGAGAAAAUUUAGAUUAGGUCGUAAGUAACAAUGAGAGAUUCUCUUUGGGGUCUUUCCCUUCUGUUCAUUACUCGGUCGUGUCAACAUUUACUACUCAAUGCUUUGCCUAAUAACCUAGUAAACACCGUCGGCUUUCGUUAGGUAUUGAAAAAUUAAUGCACCGGGAGAAAAAUUAAAUUUUGAACUGACUUUCUUGUCUGUAAAAUGAUCUCAACUUAGACAGACUUCAUGUGCCUUUUAAUGCAAAUGGUCCCUGUGUAUAUACUAGAAGAACGGUAAUGAACUUCGGAAAACAAAAAAUUUAGGAUCUUCUGGCAUAGCGAGAGGACCAUUUGUUUUGAAGAAUAUUUUUAUGUUGCUUCUAAACGUAAUCGAAACACAGUUUUUGACGUGGUGUAGCUGAAUGUUCAUAACUUCCGUGAUGUUAAGCUCCAUUUUAACUUUAACUAGUAUUCCACCUCCUGAAGUGUGGGUCUAACACGAGUUUUAUUAAAAUCAAUCGAAAUUGUGUUAUCACGUAGCACGGGCACUUUUGGCAGACUCUUUUUACUGCGUAGCCGGGAGCAACGAUAGAUUUUUUUUAAAUAUAGACGUUUUACCUUAGGAUCAUUUCCCUCUGUUCGUGUUAGGGAAAUCUGUUUUGGAAAAAUCUCUAACUCUAUGUGCGGGGUUGGAAAUCGAACCCAGGAGAGCUGCGUACAAGGCAAUCGAUUUAUCAACUACGCUAUGCCCGUCCCCAACAACGAUACAAUACUGUUUGCGCACUGGAUAUAGAACAAAGCGCUGGCUUGCUUCGCUGAUGCCUAUAGCGUAGCGAUUUUUUGGUUUGUGCGAGGUCAGCAGAUAGACUGUUAUGAUUCUUGUUCAUAAUUAGAAGAUACACUGAUUUGUAUUAACUAUAUCAACUAAAAGACCGGACAGUUCAUGAUAUCAGGACCGUAGUCACGAUUUCCGUAUGUUUUAGUCACGUUAUCGUGAUGCUUUUUUCACGAGAUUCGUAUCGGAUUUAUCUGGCAGAAUAGUGUGAUUUAUGUUCGUGAUUUCAGGCUCUCAGUCACGAUUGUCGUAACUUAUUUGCGCAUUAUCGUGAUAUUUUGCUCUUGAGCUUAGAAUCGGAUUCGACACGUGGUGUAAUGCAACUCAUAUUCAUGUUUUUCGUGAUUUCUCUUCGCCUAGUCGUGAUAUGCUAGUUUAUGGCCACUAUUGAAUUUUUUACUUGAAUUGAUGUGGCAAUAUGAACUGAAUCAUAAAAAUGUAACGGCUUCGCAGUAACUUGUUUUGUGAACUAGAUCACAAACACGACUUGUGGUUCAAUAGUGUAUUGUUGGAGUACGGUGCAGUUUUCGUUUUCUGUUCAGCAUCACAACGAACCUUAUUGAAUAAAUAAGUAAAUAAAUAAAUAAAUAAAUAAAUAAAUAAAUAAAUAAAUAAAUAAAUAAAUAAAUAAAUAAAUAAAUAAAUAAAUAAAUAAAUAAAUAAAUAAAUAAAUAAAUAAAUAAAUACAUAAAUAAAUAAAUAAAUAACGAUGUUCUCUACAAGAAAACUUAUCUACUGCUCGUACCUAUUACUGGGCGCUAGAAACUGGCCACAUCUUUGUUUUAUUUUAUUAAAUAGUUCAUGAAAUGAAUUUAUGAAUAACAUUGCAAAUUUUAUGAAAUAGUUCACGUGAAAAUUUCAUGACCAUAUGCAGAGUUGCAUGAAAUUGACAAUGACUAGAAAUAUCCACUAAAUAUCACAACCAUGCAGGAUGGAUCAUGAAUAAUUUACUAUGAUUCCAGAAUCAGUUCGCGAAACUAUAAAUAAUAAUUUAUGGAUUCGCGAACUGAUUCGCGAUUUUAUAAUUUAUUUGAUGAGCACGAAUGGUGAGUCGUGAAUCAUACACUAGGAAUAAUGAACCAGUUCACGAAUGCAUGAAUAAUUUUUAUGAUUUUAAGAACUAUUUCACGAGCACGAAUGGUGAGUUGUUAAUAAUAUACAUGGAAUCGUGAAUCAGUUCAAGAAUACUAGAACAAUGUUAUAUUAUUUUGAGAACCAUUUCACCGGCAGGAAUGAUAAGCGAAUCAUGAAUCAGUUCAUGUUUCCAUGAAUAAUAUUUUAUGAUUUGUGAACUAUUUCACCAGUACGGAUAUUGAAUCGUGACUAAUAUAUUAGGAAUCAAAAAUUGGUUCACGGGGAUUGAAAGGAUUCAUGAUUAAUAUUCUGAUUUUCUUAAAUUGGUUCACGGGAAAAUAUCUAUACUGUUUUGAUUUUGUGAACCAAUUCACAAUCACAAAAACCAAACCAAGAUAAAUAAAUUAUGAAUCAGAUUACGUCUUAUAGUAAUGUUCCUAAAUCUAUUAAUAAAAGCAAAUCUCCACUAUUAAAAGCGUUAUGCAGACGUUACUAAAGGAAAAUUGAAUCCAAAUGAACAGACCGUUUUGUUUUGGCACAUCGAAAACGAAGUAUUGUGUUUUUUCAAUGCUUUGUUCUCGUUGUUCCAAAACAAGAAGCUCUGCUCGUGUUGAUAUAAUUUUGCUCUAGUUUACCUUAAUUUACCCUAUUGGAAUAGAGUCUGAAAUAGUCAAGUUUGGACAGAUUUUUUCAUCUCUGCUUAGACGUUUGAAUGGGUAAGUUGGCUUCACACUUUGCGUAGCUGUUGUGUUUGUAUAUUGUUGCUUUACAAGCAGACUUGGGAAAACUUUUAUUAUUCACUUAAACGACAAUUGCUCAAAGUUUCAAUCCUUUGGAAAGGAGAUGGGGAUAAAGGAGUUUUUAGUUCCGAGAAAUUUAAAGUCUACUUACGUAAAAGUAAGAAUUGGUCCUGCACUGGGACGGGACGUGCAAAGUGAAAUAAAGUAACUGUCACCGCGAACCGGCAAUGGCCUGUCAUUGCGAACCGGACCUUUCUUUACGAUUUUCAUUUUCUUGUAAUUGAGAGUGUCUGGGUAGUAUCGUAAUAUCCUGGCUAUAAACAAGGUGUUUUAUAAAAAUAUCUUAUAUGAUGUUUAGAUUCAUGUACAUGUACAGAAACAAAUAUGCAAAGUGCAACGACGAUACGUGCAAUUUUAUUAUUCUGCUCAACAGCUAUGGUUAAUGUUGUUUUACACAGCUCAGAUAAACGAUAACAUAGUUCAUGUCAUGUUUGAGCUCUAUUAUUUUCGGCACGAAUUUGUACCUCAUCGGCAGAAAUCGAUGCCGCAUCGGCACAGCACUAUCAUCGACAUUUGCUUGAAAUUAUUUUGCAAGCGGAUUUUUCCCUGCAAAAUAACAUCAAUAUCGAGAGGGAAAAAGAAGACCGUCUUCGCAUGUCCUGUCCCAGGUCCUGCACGUUCGAGUCAUAUGAAAAAGAUUUAUAUUGUUUACUGACAGCUUGGCUCCACAUUUUAAUAUGAAGGGGGUUGCCUGGUAAUUUGUAAUAAAACACUUUUAUUCCACAGAAAACGCAAAUGGUUUCUGAGGAACAAAACUUUGUAAAACCAGGUGACAUCUUUCUAUUUUUUGACAUUGAAUGAGUUCCUUGCAUUCUCUUGAGUAGAUAUUCAAGUAGCAUUUGAUAGUUUUCUGAUCAUCAUUUGUGCAUUGGAUUAUAUGCAAAAAACUUUUAAAUUAUUGUUGGUGAAUGAAUGUAUAUGUUCCAAAUCUUGAGUGCGGUCGAAUAUGCACUACUUUGAAAAUGCAAUUUUCCUGAUUGACUUUGAUUGUAAAUAAAAAUCCAACAUUCAUUGGGGAGCUUUACGACACCAAAAUAUUUUCUCUCAUUGGCGAAGCAAACCGAACAAAUUGGAAAAUGCACUGGACUGGUGGAUGGAAUAAACAAUGAAAAAAGCCAAAGAUCAAAGUUGCAUCCAUCACCGUUACGUGAAAGGGGAAAUCCGCUUCGGAAAAGCAGAAAGAAAGACGUUAAACCUGUCACACGUAGAUAUGUACUGUUUAAUCGCACAACCCACCAUAUAUUUACGGUUGCUCGCUUUCCAGCUGAUCGCAUUUCUCGACAGCCACGAGCAGAAACCGAAAAAAAUAUUAAUCAGACUUCCCAGCGGCCAUAACUUCCCCUCCCGGGCGACGGGCGCCUACCACGCUAGAAGGAAGGAAAAAGCACGGCCAGCGAACUAGAGAAAAUGAUCGAACGGCAUGUGUGCGCGCGCGCAACCAGCAAAGCCCGUGCCGAACCACGAAAAAUAACACGAAAAAUACGCGAACCCAUCCAAAUGCACCGAGAAAGUCUUGAGUUAUUUUUUUUUCUCCAAGGCGCAAAGACCCCGCAACGAUGACGGUGUGUUUUUCUUCCGAUUCGCCACCGUAAGGUACCUCGAAUCAAAACCGAACCGCACACAGCAUGCACGCUAUUUAUUUCAAGUUUUUAAAGAAAACCCAAUGAACGUAACACCAGUGCGUAGCGCUGGCUGGAGCUAGUUUAACAGACGAACCAACCAACGAAACGUCAACAAUAGGUGGUAGACAUAGUUUAAUGAUCCGUACACUUCCAUGUUGCGAUGCCGGUAAAAAAUCGACGUCGGUCACGUGAGCUUGCGCCUGGCUGACUGCACUAACUAGGCAGAUAGUUAUGAGACCAAAGCUCGGCUGAACAAGUAACUGACUUCAUUACCGGGUUUGCCAGAAUUCUGCCUCGUGUCUGGGUGUUGUCUAGUAUCUACUAGUGUGUGAGCCACACUUAACUGGAGCAAACUUUUGUUCCGAGACAAGGAAGGGAAGAGGUGGUAAUAAAUUAAACAAUAUUCGAUUCCAAUCGCGACCUGGAAGUGCAAGUUGCAGGCAAUUGUUACAGACAGCCGAGAAUACUAGUCGGCAAAUGACGAACGCAAAUCUACGAGCAGCACUUUGUUUUUAUAAAUAUUUAGUUUAGUAAUUGAUACAUGUAUAUGCAGUAAAUGAGGUAGCAGCGAGUGUUUGGAACGAAACGGAAGAAAAGUGGCUGCUAUGACAGUUAGUUUGUAAUAUGAUAUAGGGAAAAUGUGAACUAGAACUUGUAUAAAUACUACUUAACUAUUCAAUAGUAAUCUAAUCAAGAUGCUGGGAUGAAUGCAACAUGAAAACUAAAUAGUAGAAAUCCCACAGAGCAAGACUCGUGGGAUUGAUUGGUAUAGAUUGUAACGCGCUGCAAUAAUUAUAUUAAUUAUUACGAAUUGUAUCACUUAAGAGAAAUCAAAAGAAUGUAACGAAGGAGCGUUCAAAUAUUAAGAGCAAUCUGGUUUUCUUAUUUGUAGAAUGAAACAAAUUUAGGUUCUGUUCUAUUUUAAAGUUUUGAUAAUUGCAAAAAACAGAGGGAACCAAGAACUGUGAAGUGAGAAAGGAACUAAAUUGGAACUAAUAUCCGUACUACUAUAUUUACACAAGGAUAUUUUAUCGCAUAAUUUAUCGUUUUGUAUGUUAACUGUUCAUCGAUAGUGAUAAAAACAAUGUAAUCUGUAUGUAUAGUAUAAAUAGUUUUAUACAUUAAAAAAAACUACUGUCAUUAGUUUUAACAAUGAA